GCAGGUAGGUGGUCGAAACGAAAGGCAAGAAAUAUAAGUGCAACGAGCGGCUCCGGUGAACCCUUUAUAGUAAGCUUUCCUGCGAAGAGUGCCUGCAUAGGGUUUCUAUUCGAGAUCGAGAGAGACGGGUACGUCAUCAAUUCCUCACCACCAGAAUGGAGAAGAUGGGCGCCGCCGACGCACAGAUCGAGGAUCUCUUCGUCAGCAAGAAGCCCAUCAAGAACCCUCUCGUCCCCAUCGGUGCACUUAUGACUGCCGGUGUGCUUACGGCAGGUCUAGUUAGCUUCAGGCAAGGAAAUUCUCAGCUGGGACAGAAGCUGAUGAGGGCACGAGUUGUAUUUCAAGGUGCAACAGUUGCAUUGAUGGUUGGCAGUGCUUACUACUAUGGUGAGACCUUUAGGGGUUCUAAGAACAAAAAUUAAAUGAUAUAAAGAUGGCUUGCAGUCAUCUUUCAUCUAUGACUGAGUUUUUAUUGGCAUCAAAAUAAUUUAUUACACGUUUUCUUUCACUUGGGAAAAGAGUGGUAGCUGACCAAAUCUUCUGGAAAAUAUAGUGGCAAUGAAAUAAUGCGCCAGUACUUUCGUGUUUGUAUUAUUUACACAAUUGUAUCAGAAUGUAUUAUGUAAUCAUGUGAUGGAUCCAUGUAUGACAUGAACAUUUGGAAACAUAUUGGUUAUAAAUGGACACUUUGAGUCAAA